CCUCCUGAUGAGAGAAGUCUUCAUAAGCUAAAAAGCGAGACCAGAGACAGACCAGAGCGGCGAGAGAGAACUGAAAAAGCAAGAAACCCCAAGCAAGACAUCCGGCGAUGGCGUCGCAGGCGAUCGAGGAGCACCGCGCGGGCGCGGACGUGCACACCGCGGACUGCGAGGCCAGGGCCCGCGAGUUCCUGGUCGAGCUCGGCCUCCCCGACGGGCUGCUCCCGCUCCCUUCCCUGGUGGAGGUCGGGUACAACCGCGCCACCGGGUUCGUGUGGCUCCGGCAGAGCCAGUCCGGCGGCCUCACCCACACCUUCGACGCCAUCGGCAAGCAGGUGUGGUACGACGCCGAGGUGACGGCGUUCGUGGAGCCCGGCCGGAUGCACGGCAUGACCGGGGUCAAGAGCAAGGAGAUGUUCAUCUGGGUCACCCUCUGCGAGAUCGUCAUCAGCCCCUCCGGCACCAAGAUCGUCUUCCGCACCCCCGCCGGGCUCGGCCGCGCCUUCCCCGUCGCCGCCUUCCAGCUCAACCCGCCCGCGCCGGCGGGCGAGGACGCCAAGGCCGCCGACGAGGGCGCCGCCGCUGCCGCCAACUGACCGAUCUGCUAGUCAGCGAGCAAGUCAAGGUGUGCUUUAGUAACGGUAAGCAGUUGAUUUCGUUGCGAGAUCUGGUGGCGAUCGCGGUGUCGCUGUGCCAACCUGUUAGUCCAUUGCUCUGCUCUAGCAUCUGUGAUGUCGAUGGAUGGUCCCGAAAUAAUCAUUGUAAUCAUUGUGCUCUUGUAUGGUUUGAGAUCUGAAUUGUUGCUGUGUGCUGUUCUU